AUUAAGAUACAAUGAAGCGAUCACGACACAGAUGGUUGGGAUUCAGUUUAUUCUGUGUGACAAUAGCAGUUUUAUCAGUAGAUCUUCCCACAACAGCCGCAGUCAGAGCUACAUCUCUGAUCCAUGCGAAGACCAGUACCACGACAGCAGCUCCAAAUGAAGAGCCGACGGGACCAGAAGAUGAAGCUCAGGCGGAGACCACAGGGGAAGCAGCUGAGACGAACACGACGAGCAAGCUGACCGGGAUACCGCAAAUUGAUUACUUGCUGGAUCCUAACUUGCCCCGGGAACUGAACGGAUACAAUCUGUCCGAAUAUCCAUUUUACGAGACCGUUCCACCUCCAGAAACUAUGGACUUCAAAUGCGACGGCCUUCAUGAUGGCUUCUAUGCAUCAGUCCCUCAUAAAUGUCAGGUCUACCAUCACUGCCUCUUCGGUACAAGAUACGAUUUCCUGUGCGCCAACUACACAGCCUUCGAUCAGAAGACAUUCAUCUGCCAUUUCGUCUCGGAAGUCGAUUGCAAGAAUUCACCGAAUUACUUCAGCAGAAACGAAGCUCUCUACAAGUCGGCUUCAACAGAACCACCGCCGCCGCCUCCUACCACGACUACAACAACCACAACUACCACUAGACCACCGAGACCACCGCGUCGUCGUCCUCACCCUCGCUAUGAUUACUAUGAUGAUGAAUAUGACUACGAAUACGAGGACAGGGGUGGAAGAAGAACAAGACCACGUAGACCUGGCAAGCGUCGGCCACAUGAUGACUAUGAUGACAGAUAUGAAACCCGUUCGAGACCACGAGAUGAGCCUGAAGAGGAUUACGAAGAUCGGAGAUCAUACGACAAACCACGAUCUAACAAAAGACCAUAUCCAGAUUAUAGAAGACCUUACGAAGACGAAGACAGAAGGCCCUACAAAGGUGGAAGGAGACAAAACAGACCUAGAGAUGAAGAGGAAGAUAAGUACAGUCCUGAUGAUGAAGAAGAUAGACCUAGAGGUGGUAAAAGGGGCGAGUAUCGGCCGAGAGACAAAAGCAGGCCAAGAGAUGAUGAAAGACCUAGAGAUGAAUCUAAAUAUAAAGACGAUAAUAUAAGACCAAGGGAUGAAAAAACGAGAGGUGAGGGUACUUCAAGGGAUGAUAUUAAACCACGCGAUGAAAUCAGAUCACGUGAUGAAAUCAGACCUCGCGACGAAAUUAAGUCACGUGAUGAAAUCAGACCACGUGAUGAAAUCAGAUCACGAGAUGAAAUCAGACCACGAGAUGAAAUCAGACCACGAGAUGAAAUCAGACCACGUGACGAAAUAAGGUCUCGAGAUGAAUUUAAAUCCAGGGACGAAAAAAGGCCAAGAGAUGAAAUCAGACCACGUGAUGAGAGACGACCAUUUAGGGAUGAAACAACUGAACAAGAAAGCAAACCAAGGGAGAACAGACCAAGAGAUGAACGAUACCAAUCAAACGAAGGUAGAAGAUUAUUUGAUAGACCUUAUAGGAAUAGAGAUGACAGACCAUAUUCAAAGUCUGAAAAAAAUAGUGAUGUAGACGAUAAAGUUCAGGAAGAGAAACGGCAAACACCGACGGCUCCUGAAAAUCAGCCUCUAGUAAAACCAAAUGGGCAUGGCAUAUUUAGUAAGCCAAGAAUGCCGCCUAAAAUUAAAAGACCAGUUCCGAUAAGUGAAAAAGAAAAAUAUGAUUAUGUUCCGAUAACAACAACUAAAGCUCCUCCGAAACAUGAUGACGAAUAUUAUGACGAUUAUGAAGAUGAGGAUGUUAGAAGACCAAUGCCUUCUGCGAAAACAAGUACAAUCCAACAAAGGCCCAAACACGAACCUGUUGAAAAAGAAAAAUUUAAGCCAUCAAGACCUCAUUACUCUAGUGCAGUUGAAAAUGUUAAAAAGACAAAAAAACCUAUAGAUUAUGAAGAAGAAGAGUACUACGACGAGCCGCCAACGAGAUCUCAAAAGUAUUCCUAUAAUCCAUUUAACAGAGAUCAACGACCCGCUAAAUCGAAAGAUGAUGACUAUUACUACGAUGAAAAAGAAAAGACAACAGAGAGGCCAAGAAGAAAAAAUGUUGAAGAAGACAUUACUGCAAAGGUAAAAGAUGUUAGGCCAAACGUCAAAAUUGUAAGGAGGCCUUUUUUACCGUCUAGGGGUGGGAGUCCGUAUCUUCCAAGAGGGCUACAGCCAGUAGCCGGAAAAGAUCUGAGCUCACCACCCAGUACCACCCCUAAACCUACCACUACUUCUACUUCAACCACGACUACUACUACUACAACUACUACGACCACAACUACACCAGAACCACCUACAACAAGGACUAUCCCUAGUACAACAACUGAACGUUUGACAACAACUAUCGCAACUAAGAAACCAACGGUAACAUCUGUACCAGAAGAAGAAUACGAAUAUUAUGAUGAAGAAGACAUUGAAUACGAAUCUAAGGAUAAUAAGGAAUCGACGACAACAGUAGAGGUUACACCCGCUGUAGUUAAAAAAAAUUCCCUGCCUCCCACAAUAACAACUACAACAGCAACCCCUACUACCCAAGAAGCAACAACAGACGAAAAAGCGAAACUGCUAGCUACAAAAGUCUUAAGAAACUUUAAUGAUAAUUACGAAGCGAUAAAAGAAAAACUUGAAUCUACUCUAUCACCAGGCGAUUACCUCAAACCGUAUCUAGGUCAUACACAAAACCAAUAUAGAGAGGUCAAAACAAAAAAACCAGAACCGAAACCGGAAAUAUCGAAGGGAUACACAGCAACCGGUAAACCCUUGAAAAUUCCAGAUAUAAAACAGAAUCUAGCCGAUUCAAUUGAAAACGAUUAUGAUGUCAGGUUAAACGAAGCUUUAGCUCCAAACUUACCAGUGAGAAUACCAAGUGGGUUUAUAAUUCCUGCUGAAAGAGAUUAUGCUUAUUCAAGAUUUAGAAAUAACUUACAUUCAGAGCCUCAAUACGCUGCAUCAGAAAUCAGUCACUACCAAGUAAGAAAACGACCAACGAUAUCUGGAGUCAGUAUUAGAACGCCCUCUUCCUAUUACAUCCAGCCUCAAAGGGUAGUUUAUGAUGAAAGUCUCGUGAGACCAGCUCGGCAAUUGGUAUAUCGUCAGUUCAGCGAUAUAUUUUAGAAAAGUGCUUUAGGUAACCUUUGAGAGAUGGUGGAAAACCUUUCAGCAUCAACGGAGAUGCUGUAGGUUUUGACGAGAACAAACGUUAACGUGUAACGAGUGCGUCAGCAUAUUUAAACGAAGAUACGAAAUGAAAUAAUAAUGUUUUAUCAAGUACAGAAUAAUUUUUAGAGAUAUUUGAUAAAAUAUAACUAUAUAUAUAUUUAUUAGUACUACAAAAAUUAUUUAUUCGACAUUAAAAAUUAAUGCACCAUUAAAUGAUACGUGGAAACAGGAGUGGAAUAUUGAAAUGAUUUAAACUUACUGAACUUCAUCUAUUUAAAAAGGAUAAUUAAUUAUUUUCUUUAUAUUAAACCAAAAUUAUUACCUUUGUUGAUCGAUUAGUAUGCCUUACAGUUUUACUGACCCUAAAUUUGGAUUUUACGCGUCCAUUCAAUACAUAUGUUGCGUAUAUAACCGAUGUUUACGGUUGCUUAAAAUCAUACCCAGACGUAGUCCUUAGACUUCCAAUAAAAAUACUGUCUAAAGAAGAAAGAAUUAUACACAUUGGAUUAGUGAAUCUUAAAGAUUCGAGAGCCAAAUUAAUGAGAUCAGUACGGUAGAAUAAACGAACUGCAGUAAUCUUUAACAGUGAAUACUCUUAGUUACCUAUUUUUAUGUUAAGUUGAUAGUAUUUUUCAAAGGUUACCAAAAGUCAUCGUGAUCGGACAGAGAAUUUUACGACGUGCAAAUUAAAUAUAUAUUUUUUUUAUAUCAAAAGUCGUUUAAUACUUUGUCGAUUUGUUGCAUGUCGAUCAAGUUAUUGGUAAACAUUUUGUAAUUAUAUUCGUAGUUUAGGAUUUUGUAAAAAUUUAAUAAAUAAUAAUUAUAAAAUU